AUGUCUGCCCCCAAAGCCGGUCGCCAGUCCCCCGACCCCGAGCGUCAGACCGACGCCCAGCUGAAGGGUGCGGCCGCUGCUCACCUUGGUGCCGGCCCUGAGCAGGGUUCGAAGCAGGCUUCUGAGCAGGACAAGAGCGGCCUUACAUCCAACCCGGUUCAUAUCCUCGCGAAGCACGCCGAGGAGACGACUAGCAAGAAAUAA